GGCGCGCGCCGGCGGGGGUGGGCGGGCGCGCCGGGCGGCAGGUGCCGGCGUCGGCGGCAUUCGGCGGCUAUGGAGCGGCCCUGGGGAGCUGCGGACGGCCUCUCGCGCUGGCCCCAUGGCCUCGGCCUCCUCCUCCUCCUGCAGCUGCUGCCGCCGGCGACCCUCAGCCAGGACCGGCUGGACGCGCCGCCGCCGCCCGCUGCGCCGCUGCCGCGCUGGUCUGGCCCCAUCGGGGUGAGCUGGGGGCUGCGGGCGGCCGCAGCCGGGGGCGCGUUUCCCCGCAGCAGCCGUUGGCGUCGCAGCGCGCCGGGCGAGGACGAGGAAUGCGGCCGGGUCCGGGACUUCGUCGCCAAGCUGGCCAACAACACGCACCAGCAUGUGUUUGAUGAUCUCAGAGGCUCAGUAUCCUUGUCCUGGGUUGGAGAUAGCACUGGGGUCAUUCUAGUCUUGACUACCUUCCAUGUACCACUGGUAAUUAUGACUUUUGGACAGUCCAAGCUAUAUCGAAGUGAGGAUUAUGGGAAGAACUUUAAGGAUAUUACAAAUCUCAUCAAUAACACCUUUAUUCGGACUGAAUUUGGCAUGGCUAUUGGUCCUGAGAACUCUGGAAAGGUGGUAUUAACAGCAGAGGUGUCUGGAGGAAGUCGUGGAGGAAGAAUCUUCAGAUCAUCAGAUUUUGCGAAGAAUUUUGUGCAAACAGAUCUCCCUUUUCAUCCUCUCACUCAGAUGAUGUAUAGCCCUCAGAAUUCUGACUAUCUUUUAGCUCUCAGCACUGAAAAUGGCCUGUGGGUGUCCAAGAAUUUUGGGGGAAAAUGGGAAGAAAUCCACAAAGCAGUAUGUUUGGCCAAAUGGGGAUCAGACAACACCAUCUUCUUUACAACCUAUGCAAAUGGCUCCUGCAAAGCUGACCUUGGGGCUCUGGAAUUAUGGAGAACUUCAGACUUGGGAAAAAGCUUCAAAACUAUUGGUGUGAAAAUCUACUCAUUUGGUCUUGGGGGACGUUUCCUUUUUGCCUCUGUGAUGGCUGAUAAGGUGUGCGCAGAACAGCCUGACAGGGGCACGCGCAGAAGCAGCGGGAGCGCCGGGAGCUCUCUCAGGAGUCCAAGCUGGGGAGGUGGUAGCUUGGCCAGGCUCUUGGCAGUGGGUAAGGGGGCAGGUGGUGAGACUGUGGAUAUAUUUUUAAACAUAUUACUAAUAGGACUUGCUGAUGGAUUUGAUGUGGGUUGUGAGAGAAUGAGUGGAAUCAAGGGUACCUUUAAGAGUCUGUAUCCUGAGCGCCUGAAUGGUGGUGCCAUUUUCUAGGAUGGCAAAGACUGCAGGAGGAGCAGGUUGUGGGAGAAAAAUCAAGAAUUCUGUUUUGGGCCGAGCAUGGUGGCUCACGUGUUAAUCCCAGCCCUUUAGGAGGCUAAGGCGAGCAAAUCACUUGCGGUCAGGAGUUUGAGAGCAGCCUGGCCAACAUGGCGAAACCCUGUCUCUACUAAAAAAUACAAAAAAUUAGCCAAGCGUGGUGGCGCAUGCCUGUAAUCCCGGCUACUCGGGAGGCUGAUGCACAAGAAUCAAUUGGACUGUGGAGACAGAGGUUGCAGUGAGCCAAGAUCAUGCCGCUGCACUCCAGCCUGGGCAACAGAGUGAGACUCUGUCUCAAAAAAAAUAAAAAAAGAAUUCAGUUCUGCAUAUGAGACACCUAUUAGAUAUCUGAAUGGAGAUGUCAAGUGAGCAUUUGGGUAUAUGAAUCUCCCUAAUUGCUAUGGUAUUUGAAGCCAUGUGACCAGAUGAUAUCUUCUGGAGGAGUAAGUAGGUAGCAAAGAGGUGGGAGGACUGAGCAAGCCCUGAAGCACCCACAACUGAAAGGUUGGAAAGAGAAGAAUCCAGCAAAGAAGACUGAGAGGGAGGGAUCAGGGAGGAAGAGGGAAAUCAGGACCACUGAGUUAGGUGCAUUCUGAGAAUUAUCCACUGGAGUUGGCGACGUGGAGGUUGUUGGUGACCUUGACAAAAGCACUUCAUUGGAAGUUAAAAGGUAGAUUGGAGUGACUUCAGUGAGAACUAGAGAUGAAGAAGUAGGCAGUAAAUACAGAUAACUCUCCAGAGCCAUUUUGUAAUAUCCUCCCAAUAACCCUGUGAGCUAAUAGUAUUACCUCAGUUUUAUAGGUGAGGAAAUUGAGUAACUUACCUAGGGUCAACCAGUAGUGGAAUCCUGCUGGAAAUCAGACUCAAAUUCCAGAGGUAGCUUCCUAUGCUAUACUGCAUAUAUGGUAUAAUGCUGUCUACAGAAUUAAAAUUUUGCGAUGUACUUUUGAACUCUGGUUUCUACCUACAGUAAUGAGAAUAAGAUUCAAAGUAAUGCCGUGGUCCCUAUAUCUAUUGAGAUGAUCCUGAAUAACGUCUACCUUACCAUGCUUUAACAAGUAUCACUGAGUAAUUUUUUAUUUAACAGUUACGGUGCUGUGACUCCGAUAGGAUCAGGUUCAUCAUUGGACCCCCAGACCUCUCACCCAGGACCCCAAGUGUGCACCUUUGAAGCCAUUGUCUUCACUCCUGACUGAUAGAUCGGGGACACGCUAACACAUGGGUUUAUCAUUUUUGCUUCCCAUGGGGCAUCUUUAAUUGCUCUUGAGCAAUGAAACUGUAUUGAUAUUACUCUCUGUCAGCCAUUGUAAGUUCAAGGUACCAGAGGAAGGCUUGGGUCACCCAGAAAUCCCGUUAAUCUGAAAUCAGAUUUAUAAGCCAUAUACCCUGCAUCUUGAAACCCUCCUGCUCUUUUCAGGACCCUGUUUAUAAUUUUUAAUAUGCUAACAUAAUGAAGGGCUCUUUGCUUGGAAGAGUAAUACUUUUAGCAGGUUGCUUUAUUUACCAAGGCCAGCUUAAUUCUUAGCUUAUAAGAAUCAGUUCUUACGUGUUUAUUACAGAUAUUUCUUAAGAAGCAGAGUUGAGCCUUCAUCAUAAAUAACUGUUAAAGUAAGGAUCAGAAUUAGCAUGUGCACCUUGACAUCACCAUACCAGGAUACUGCUCAAUGUUGUGAUGGUUGUAUUGACUAAUAGAACCUGUCUUUCUCUGACAUUUUUGUAGAGACUUAAGAAACAAUGAAAUUUCAUGGGCCAAAGAAGAUGCUAGUGAAGCCUUUGCUGGACUCAACAAGUCUCAC